ACUGGCGCUACAGUCGUUUAGAGAUCAUUGCUGUGAGCGGACACGUCCGGUAACAAAACAGUUUGUUUUGAUACAAAGUACCUAGCAGUGUUUACAGUGCAAAUCUCCGAUACCAUCUGUAUUUAAUGCCAGAAAUGCCGUCUGCCGAUAUGCGUACAAUGACAACAACAAUGAAUACGGCCAAUCCAAUUAAAGGGCCCGAAUUUAAUAUCUCCUCUAAGGAUGUGGAAGGUUUGGUAUUGGAAAUAAAAGAAAAUCUUCGAUUGUCUACCGCGGCUACAACAAUGAAGGCAUUACCCUGCAGUCAUCUGUCAAGAAAAUCGUCGAGAGCUUCUCCCUACCGCUUACCAGGAAAAUACUGUUGUGAUUCAAAUUCGUGUGGGUCGAGUUGUUUCAGGAAAAAUAAACGCAGACCGCAACAGGAUCCUUCAAACGAAGAUCCCUAUGAAUUAUUACAAAAAUUGUUAAGAGAUGGUAGUUUAGUAAGUGAGGCGGUUAGAAGAGUAAAGCUUGGUUUAACGCCAAAACAACGAUUUUUUUACGAUUCCGACGAGGAAUCUAGAAGCCCUGUGUUACGAUUUUUCCCACAGGAAAAUUAAACUUUUUUUUAUUAAUUAUUUAUUACAUAUGUUCCUUUUCGGUAGUGAGUGAUGAGUGAAAAUGGAUAGUUGCGUCAGCCAGAGAAAAGCCAAAGAACAACGGAAAAUGAUUUUCAUUUUUAAGACUUAUUUCCGGUGGUUGUAUUAAAAAUAGACAAGUAAUAUUUGUCAGUAAACAUCUAAUAGUUGCAUGAAAUUUUAUCUUGAUGUUAGGUAUAUAAUUAAAUAUACUAAACAGUUUGGAAUCUGGAAUUUAACAUCAUUUGUUUUGGUAUGGUUUUUUCAUCUCUGGUUAUUUAUAUCUUAGUAUUAUACGCUUAAGGUUUGAAUCUGAGAUCAUUUUACAAAUGCUAUUAUACGCUUAAUUAAUAAAUUUACCGGACUCUAAUAAAAUUUUAGUGUAAUUUAGGUUUCACACAACUUUAAAUUUACUCCAUAUCUGUGAUUGUAAUUGACUUCUGUUAUGUUAUAGAAACUCAAUUACUAAUAUGUACCUUUUAGAUAAGUACAAAACAAAAAGUAUAAAAUUUGUCAACUUUCGUAGUAAGAACAUGGGUAUCAAUAAAUAUCGGACACACACAGGGUCAUUCAUUAAUGUAUUAAUGUCCGAAUAUCUAAUUGAUACCGAAGAUUAUUUAUUUAUGUAGUGAAUGUUUUUGUUUCUGUAACAUAAUAAUUGAAGUCUAGUUGACCUCCCUGUCAUUUUCUCCUCAAUUUAUCAAUAGUAAAUAUAUAAACGUUGGAGGCUGCAGGGAAGGUAAUACAAACAAACCUAAGAAAUUAAAAAAAAAAA